AUGGUAUCCGCAUCAAAGACAGACGUUGAGCGUGGCAGGACUGCCAAGAAUUGGCUGCCUCGCAGACUCGGAGGUGGCCUUGGUGGCCGUGGCUACACCAGAGCUAUGCCCUUGCGUCCCGGUGGCCCUGGAGGCUUUGGUGGUGGCGGCUUCCGUGGCGGCUUCAAGGGAGGCUUCGAAGGGGGCCGAGGAGGACGCGGCGGCGGUUUCCGUGGCGGCUUUGGUGGUGGUCGUGGUGGCUUCCGAAGCGGCGGCGACUUUGGCCCCCGAGGCGGUGACCGAAACGGCUUUGGAGCACCCAAUGGAGCGCCAUCAGGACCUGGCUUCGGUCGACGGGACGGAGGCGAUCGGGGCUUCUCUGGUGGGUAUGACUCUCGAGGUGGACGCUCAUUUGAUGACAGAUCCGGCGGCCACCGAGACGGAGGUCGAUACGGCGAUCGUGAUCGUGGUGAUCGUGACCGAGACCGUGGUGACCGGGACCGUGACCGCGAGGGACGUCGCACUGGCAGCAACAUGGAACCCAUUGGUCGCAGGGAAGGUGGGUAUCGGGACCGGGACUAUGACCGGCCUCGCGACGACGACAGUAGGAAACGAGGAUACGAGGGUGGUGGCUACGAAGACCCCCGGAAACUGCGCCGCUACUAA